UCGCGACGCGUGUUCAGUGACACGCAUGCAAAUGUGCAACAUCGACAUUUUAAGGCGUGUAUGCAUCGUGGAUACGGACAGAAUAUGACGGUUUCGGCAUUCGCAGAAUUAAAUUAGAUUGAUUCGUCAUCGUUAUAAUUGAUACCAAAUCGCGUCGAGAAAAAAUUGUCGAACCGUCGCGGACAGUCGCGGAUGAGCGCCGUCAUCUCCUUGCAUACGUGGCAAAGGCCGUUCGCCAAUCAGAGGAGCCGUCAGCCGAUAGGCGUGGCUUGCAGCGCCUAGUAUAGCUCGCUCUACGUCCGGCUCCGGUCGCCAUAGCGCUACGAGGAAUCGUGUAGUGCGCGUGUAAUUCUCGCUCCGUCGUGCUUGCUUUGCUCGCUCGCUCAUUCGUCUCGCGAUUAGCCGCAACGUGAAAUCAUAGCACGCGCCGUUCCUGCCGAGGAUCGUGUCCAUCCACGGAAGUGUUGUCCACCGCGUAGCAUCGUGUCCUGGAAUCUAAGGAAAUAAACAGCCUCGAUAAGACAAAAAUGGAUAUCCAGACAGGACUCGUAUAUAUUGGUAUUGUUGUCAUCUCAGCUGUAGUUAUUGCCUGUAUAUCAACAUAUGCUAUGAGAGAGAAAUCUUAUGAAGAAGCAAUUGCCGAACAGAGAAAGCUUCCUGAUGAUCUGUUGUCAAAUAAAAAGGAUAGAAAUAAAGAAAAAAAACAUAAGAAUAAGGCAGGGAAGAAAGCAAAAGAGAAGAAAGAGGAGAAAGAUGACAAGGAUGAUAAGGAUGAAAGGACAGAACAUGUACAAUUUGAAGAAACUCCCCAAAUACUGCCUCCUGAACCACCAGUACAAGAGAGUAACAAAGGCAAUAAGAAGAAAGGAAAACUUGAAAAGAUAAAACCAAUCCUCGUAAAUAAAGACGAGCCAUUGGCCAUUGUGUGGCCUGAAUUGUAUCCUUCGCAAUCUCCCUUGGCAGAGGCUAAUCAUUUUGAACUCAUUCAUCCAAAAGAUGACCUUGAACUCGUACGGAGUCAGAGUAGAGAGAAUCUUCAGCAGAUUACUCAAACAGAGACAGUAGAAAAAAUUAAUAAAUCACCAAAAGAUACACCAACCAAAUUGAAGAAAAAUAACAAGGAUACUAUAAAGAAAAAAGAUGAAAACACUAAAGAUGAGAAGCAGGAUUCUAAUCCUCAUACUAAUUCGUUUUCUACUAAUAAAGAAGUUAUAAAAGAAAUAAAGGAGCAGCAGAAGGAGACCCCAGUUAAGGAAGUAAAGGAAGUUAUUAAAGAAGUUGUAGUUCAGCAGUUAUCAAACAAAGAACCAAAAAAGACAAAAAGAAAGAAUGACAUCUUAUCUCAAAUUGAUGGGGAUGCUGUCAAUGUUGAAUUAUUGAUGCUAUGUAUUCAAAAGGCUGAGCUAAGUCGAUCUGAAAUACAAAUCCUUACCAAUCAACUUUUGAAUAAGCAGCAGGACAAUCCGUUAGAGCAUUCCGAGUGGACGGAAGGUCGCGCCGACCCUGUCAUCAAGCUAAAAAAACAAUUGGCGGAGAAGGAAAAAGCAUUGGCUGACGAACAUGAAGCGAGUGUGGCUUUCCAGAAUAAGUUGAAGGAAUUGCGAGCUGAAUUUAAUUCAGAGAGAUCUAGGCUUUUAGCGAACAUCAAGCAGCUGGAAGAUACGUUGACUGCUAAAAAUACAGAGAAUCAGACCUUGCAUAUGCGAAUGCAACAUAUCUUUGAAAGCCAUGCCGCAGAAAAGCAAGGUUUCUCCAGGCAGAUUGAACAGCUGCAGACCAAAGUGGACGAAGAUGCUACCAUUAUUCAUAAAUUACAAGAAGAUCAAGGACAAACUCAGGGUCACUUGCAGCAGGAGUUGAUGGCACAACGUAAGCAAAUGGAGGUGCAGUUUACUCAGAUGCGCGAAAACGAAAAUGCGUUGAAGACUCAAUUGACCCAGAAACACGUAGAGGUACAGGAAUUGCAAAAUGAGCUACAAGCGACUUGUGAGAGCAGUACUGCAGAGAUGGAGAUAUUACGCCAACAAUUAGGUAUAAUGCAAGGUCAAUUGAUGCACUCGGAAGGACAAUUGCAACACUUUAAGGAAACAAGCGAUCGACUACAAGACGCUGCCAGGCAACUUGAGGAAUCCCAUUGUGCAAACGCAGACUUGGAUCAUAGAUUGAAAAGCGCGCAUCGGCAUGAGCAGGAAUUGCAGAAGCAAAUAAAUUCGCUGCAGGCCGAACUGAAUAUCGUGAAAAGUGAAGCCAAUGAAGCGCCUACUUUAAAAGCUGAACUUAGCAAAGCUCAAACUGAAUUGAUAAAAUUAAAGUCAGAAUUGUCAGUUUCAUUGAAUGAGGCCAAAUCAGAAGCAACUCAAAUAACAGCCUUGAGAACCAUGUUGAAUAACAAGGAGGAUGAAUUGAAAAAAUCUCAGGACAAACUCAAUGUUGUACUGAACGAUCUGCAACAAUCCAAUGCGCAAGUCACGCGUAUGGAAUCUAAAUUGAAUUCUAUGCAAAAGGAGAUGGAAGUGAUAAAGAUCAAUUUUGAAAAAACGGAACAUAAUUUGAAGGAAGCGAAAAACGACGCGAACAAGUAUCAAAAUGAGAUGCAAAGAGUACAAGAGGUAUUGGCAGGUGUGCAGGCCGAAUUGACUAAUGCUCAUGCUCAAAUCAAGGAAGCCAAUGGAACUGCAAGCGAAUUGAAAGCUUUACAAACUGAAGUCAAUAAACUACAGAACAAUGAGAAAAAGGCGACAGACGCACAGUUUCGAAUUAUAAAAUUACAGGAAGAAAAUGAUAGAUUGCGUGUUGAGCUUGCAGAUAUUAUAGAGAAACAAAAGGAGCUUCAACAACAGCAUGAGCAAGAAAAAAUUCUUAAAAAUAUAUUAGCUGUUACUACCGAACCUCCACAUGUUAAUUCAGAAGAGAAAGCUUUACUGGAGUCAUUGAAAACUGAAUUAUCACACAAGAAGGAAGAGCUCAAUAAAAUGAACGAACGGAUACAUUUAUUAGAAAAUGAUGCAAACAAACACCAAAGUUCUAUUAGCCAACUAGAAAAAGAAUUGGAGUUUCAGAUAUCCAAAAAUAAUGAAUUACGCACAAAGAACUGGAAAGUUGCAGAAGCUCUUUCUGCUGCUGAGUUGCGUGCCAAAACCAAUGAUGAAAAGAGAAUUGAAGAAACAACACAAAAAGUCAAGGAGAAACAAGAAGAAAUAACUAAGGCUCUUCUACAGAGGAUAUUUCCAGAAAUUAAAGUGUCUGAGAAAACAUAUGAGCAAUGGCUAGAAGUUUUUGAAGAUAAAGUAGGCGCUAUUCUGAAUGAGUUAAAACAGAACAAUAUAGAUCAAGUAAAAUCAGAUUUGGAGCGACAAAAUAAAAAUCUACAAAAUAUGGUUUCACAUUAUCAACAGAUUAUUGAUGAAACGGAAGGUAUGCUUAACAAACUACAGAGUCAUGUAGAAUCUGAGGAAACAAGAUGGCAAUCGCAACUUCAGCAGAAGGAGAAUGAAGUGGCGAAUCUUAGAGUAGAACUUAACAAUAUGCAAGCCAAAUUAACUUUAAGCGAAGAAAUCAAGAAGAGGAUGAAAGAGUUGGAUGAUCGUGCGGAACAGAAUCGCGCUGAAAUAUUACUUAAAACCGCGCAAAAACCUACACCUAUCAAGGAAUUAGAUGGUCAUGAAAUGGCCACUUUAGAGCAAUUACAAGAGGAGAAGACCCGGUUAUCCCAGGAGUUGGAAGUAGAGUGCAGUAAAAGGGCGACAUUAGAUGCCGAAGUUACGAAAUUACGUUCCCUUGUUGAAACUAGUGAAGCGAGUUUAGUAUACGAGAAAAGUCUUGUCACGCAGCUUCAACAGGAAAUGUCCCAACUUAAGAACGAAAUUUGCGGCGGCUGUAGCAGCUCAGAGCAGUCUAUGCUGAACGGUCCACCCACAUCAGAUUCUCUUCAAUCCGAGCCUCCUCUAGUGUCUGAUGCUCUGAUAACUGCAUUAGAAAAUACUCUGCUCAAGAAUACAGAGUUUGCAAACUGUUCCGUAACCAAGCCUGUCAAUUUGAUCAGUCAGUCUGAACAAGAAAUUGAGAACAGCCCCCUUACUACAAAAUACUCCUCCAAAUCUUGCCAUAUGACAGAUCACAACACACAGGCUAAUUGGAACCCAUUGAUUGGUCAGCAACAUAAAAAGCACAAGAAAAAGAGGAAGGGUGGUUCAGGAAAAAAAUAACUUCGAAAAAUAAGCUGCGUUAGUGCAGUGCGAGUACUGACGGUUAAAAAGAUGGGAUGCAGCACUGCUAUAUAGAUGUAAAUGGCAUACUUUGCUACUCAGAAGACUAAAUAUGAAGUGAAAAUAUUACGGAUAAUGUUUAUUGUAAAAAAAUAUAAAAUAUCAUAUUUUAUUAUGUGGAGAAAACUAUAGAUAAUUAAACUUGUAGCGAUUAUAAAUGGAAAAUCUUGAGAUAUUGGCGCAUGUGAUGGUUAUAUAAUUUAUAGUUAUAAAUAGCUAUACAAUACACAAUUGUAAAGAUUAUCAAAAUUGUGCGUUAUGAAUUGUCGAUAAUUGAUGAAUUAAUUGUUUAUAGAUUCUAUAAACUGUAACAAUUAAUAAAUUUUAAUUCUGUUAUGCGAGAGGCAUAAAAACAUAACAAUCACAGGAUCUUCUUACAAUUCGAGAAAAAUUGUAUAAUUGAUUAAAUAAUGUAAUUCCAUGACUUCAUACUGCAUAUUGAGAUUGAUUCUGAUAUUAUUUCUGAGUCACGUACUCUGAUUAGUGUCUGACGAUUUUUCUUUUCUUUUUCUUUUAUUAUUAGACGUAUAUAUGGACCAGAAAUAAUAUAUAUAUAUAUAUAUAUAUAUAUAUAUAUAUAUAUAUAUAUAUAUACACGCAUAUAUGCAUAAUAUCAUAUAAAAUAUAUACGACAUUUUGUUAUCGAUAACGAACACAAUACACCAGAUUUAUAAAACAAUUUUCAUGUUGUUAAUUCCAUUGUAUACAAGUUCAAAUUUGUUAAUCAAUUCACGUGCAAUAAUCAUAUGAUAUAAGGCAAGUUUACAUGAACAAGGCGAUCGUAUAUAUACAAAAGUUAACGGAAGUUAUAAUUGCGCCCAAGGAUUGUAAUGAGCUAGGCAUACACGAGAUGAAUUCGUAUAUUAUUUCGUAUAAUUCACAUAAACUUUUAAUGUAAUAUUUAAUAUGUUUAUAUAAAUUAACAAACAAAUCUAUGGACAUUAGGAAAUGAUCCAUACCGUUAUUUAUAUUAAUAUUUAAUUCCGUUUUGUUUAUUAUAAUAUAUCCAACUGUUCUAUAUUGUUGCAAAUUAGCAAUAUUAGAGUUUUUUGGAGAACGAUUUUUUUUAAACUAUUACUUGCAUGAAUGUUUAAAGAUACUGUAUUAGACAUUAAUAUUGUGAAACUUAAAGAGUUCUUUGUUCAUCUGUGUAAUCGAUUGGUCGCAUAAAGAAAUAGAAUUUACUGUACUGAUUUUUGUAAGAGAGGCAUGUAUGUUUAGUACACCGCGUACUUAUUAUUUACCGUUUUGUAUCUAGAAAGCAUAUUCAUAGUUAAUAAAAGUUUACUGUUUUA